UCGCGCCGAACGCCGUUACCAGCGGUGACCCAGGCGGCCGCGGUGACCGGGCGAGGGGCAGGCGGCAGGGGCAGGUGGGGGCCGCUCGGGGCCGGAGUUGGAAGCGAGAGGCGGGUCCGGCGCGCAGAGCAGUCCAGGCGGGAGUCAGAAUUGUUUGGAUUCAGCCCAGCGGUUCCACCAUGGGUUUGUCUUCAUCCACCCCGACUGUUGCAGUUCAGACCACCAAUGCUUCAGCUCACCAGACUACAGCCCCGCCUUCAGGAUGUCCAAUGCAUGAAGGGAAAAUGAAAGGCUGUCCGGUGAGUGGAGAGCCAUCUGACCCCACGUGCGAGAAGAAACCCAGCUCUGGGCCUGCCCACCAAGACCGCGCCUACGAGUAUGUGGAGUGCCCUGUUACGGGCGCCACUUCGGAAAGGCAGAACCUAGAUCCUUCUAAUCUGAUGCCACCACCUAAUCAGACACCGGCCCCUGACCAGCCGUUCGCGCUCUCCACUGUGAGGGAGGAGUCCUCCAUUCCAAGAGCAGAUUCCGAGAAAAAGUGGGUUUACCCUUCCGAGCAGAUGUUCUGGAACGCGAUGCUAAAGAAAGGGUGGAAGUGGAAGGAUGACGACAUCAGCCAGAAGGACAUGUACAACAUCAUCAAGAUCCACAACCAGAACAACGAGCAGGCAUGGAAGGAGAUUUUGAAGUGGGAAGCCCUUCAUGCUGCGGAGUGUCCCUGUGGUCCCUCGUUGGUCCGGUUCGGAGGGAAAGCCAAGGAGUACUCCCCACGGGCAAGGAUCCGCUCCUGGAUGGGGUACGAGUUGCCUUUCGACAGGCACGACUGGAUUGUCAACCGCUGUGGCACGGAAGUCAGAUACAUCAUUGACUACUACGACGGCGGCGAGGUCAACCAGGAGUACCAGUUCACCAUCCUGGACGUGCGGCCCGCCUUCGACUCGCUGUCGGCGGUGUGGGACAGGAUGAAGGUCGCCUGGUGGCGCUGGACCUCAUAGCCAGUGCUUUGUUAGAGACGGGGAAAUACCAACUAUUUUUUUUUUCUGAAGGCUACAUUAAACUCUUUUCCCUAAACUGAA